AUGUUUUCCUCGGCCACCAUCCUCCUGGCGCUCGCUGCCAGUGCUACUGCACAUAUGACCAUCUUGAACCCGGUCCCUUUCGGCAAAGAUACACUCACCAGCUCUCCGUUGGCCCCUGGCGAUUUCCCUUGCAAGCAACGUUCUGGUGUGUACGACAUCACUGAGAUGAACCAGUGGAAUGCUGGCGAAACCCAGACCAUCAGCUUCCAGGGCUCUGCUGUACACGGCGGUGGUUCAUGCCAAUUCUCCCUUACCACUGACCCUGAACCUACCGAGCAAUCUCAGUGGAAGGUCAUCCACAGUGUUAUUGGCGGAUGCCCAUCGAAUGUAUCGGGCAACCUGCCUGAGGCACCUGAGGGCCGUGGAGCAGCCACUUUCCCUGUCACUAUGCCAGAGAACAUCCCAGAUGGUCGCUACACUUUUGCAUGGACUUGGCUCAAUAAGGUCGGCAACCGCGAAUUCUACAUGAACUGUGCUCCAGUUCAAGUCGGCGAUGGAUCAAGCAAGGCUUCAACUGCUAGCGUUUCCGCCGCCUUCUCCAGUCUCCCAGACAUGUUCGUCGCUAACCUACCCGAUACUUCCUGCAGCACUGCCGAGAACGAGGACUUCAACUAUCCCAACCCAGGCCAAAGCGUUGUUGAGGGUAACGGUUCAGCUCUGGGUGACACUCUUACCGGUGCAGGAUGCGACCAGAUGACCAAGAUGGGCGCUGGCAACGGACAGAUGGGAUCACCUACCCAACCCGAAGCUUCGCAACCCGCAGCGAGUGAAUCACCUGCCGCCACUUCUGGUUACGCUGCACCACCCGCAUCAAGCGAGGCUCCUGCUGCCACCUCUGGAUACGCUGUUCUGCCCUCCAACGGUGGUGGUGUCUUCGCUCCUGGUGCUUCUUCCGCCCCUGCUGCUGAGCCUACGGCCCCUGUUGCUGCACCUACUCCUACCUAUGGUGCUGAGCAGCCUAGCAGCGUUCCUGAGCAACCGGCCUACAGCGCAGCUCCUCAGGUACCAGACAACAGCACUCCCAGUGCACCUGCCAGCGGCAGUGACUGCACCCCUUGUGACAAUGAUGGCGCUGUUGUCUGCAUUGGCGAGAACCAGUUCGGCCUUUGCAAUCGCGGAUGUGCUGUUCCCCAAGCUCUCGCCAACGGCAUGUCUUGCUCUGCCGGUGCUGUUGUUGCUUCCGCUUCCCUCAAGCGAUCAGCCAAGUUUCCUCGCGCCCACCUCCACCGCCGCCACGGCUCGUCUCUCUUCGUCUAA